GGGGUGAAAAUGAGAAUUCUUCAGCGGGGCUGAGCACAAAAUACCUUAGGCGUGGUUAAUUCUUUCCUUAUGCAUUCAGAGGGUCUUGGGAGAAGGCAGGAAAAGCAGCCGUUUGAAGUAAGUGAGUCAGGGAUAAAAUCAGGGAGAAAGAACUCUCUCAAACAUGGCAACUCUCAGCACUAACAAUGAAGAGAGUUUAAAGGAAAGUCAACCCAACUCAGACGUAAAGGAGGAGCAGGGGGAUCCUUCCACAGAGACGCCCAACUCGCUGCUCCCACAAGAUGUUUUAUGUGACUCGUGCAUGGACAGCCCCGGCAAGGCCCUGAAAUCCUGCCUGACCUGCCUGGUUUCCUACUGCCAGGCGCACCUCAGACCCCACUUGGAGAACGCCAAAUUUCAGAACCACCGCCUGGUCGAUCCCCUCCACGACAUCGACUGUCGGACCUGCGAGGUCCAUCAGCUUCCUGUUGAGCGCUUCUGCCUGAUGGACGGCUGCUGUGUGUGUGCGGACUGCGAGAAACAGGAGCACGAAGGGCACACGGCUGCAUCUGUGGGGGAGGCUCGGGCACAGAUCGAGGCUGAGCUGCAGAAGAAACAGGAAGAGGUCAAUCAGAGUGCAGCAGCAGCUGAGAAAGCUAUUGGAAAGCUACAGAGCAACAAUGACUUAAUUAAGUCUUCAGUGCAGGCGGCUUGUGUAAUUGUGGAGCAGCAGCUCACCAGGCUGCAGACGGCUGUGGAGGAGGCCAGGAAGGGGGCGGUGGAGGUGCUGCAAGGGGAGCAGAGACGGGCCCUCAGACAGGUGGAGGGCAUCCAGGCACAUCUGGAGCAGAGGCAAACCGAGCUGAUGAAGCAUAUGGCUAUAAUGAACAAACUGUCCAGGAACAAGUCUGAUGUCGACUUCCUGCAGGAGUACUGCGAGUGGAAGAAAGGAGUGUCAGAUGUGUGUGUGCCUGCUGUGUACCUGACCCGCAUGGACCACCUUAACUCAUAUGUCCAAGUAGUGACUGACACCACAGACGAGCUGUGUGACCAGAUCCUCUCAUCGUACAGGGAAAAACUGAGCUUGAUCUUGAAAAAUGGUACUAAAUCCCCGAAGCCAGAAGCUCAACCUUCACCUCUGCCUGAUCCUGAGACGCUAGAGGACUUUCUGAAAUACAAAAGGAGUUUGACCUUUGACCCUGACACCACCCAUAACUUCCUCCGCGUGAGGGAGGACAACAGAAAGCUGACCAACACCAGCCCCUGGCAGCACAGCUACCCAGCCCACCCUGCUCGCUUCGAGUACUGGCGCCAGGCGAUGACUUCGGACAGCCUGUACCAGGGGAGGCAUUACAUCGAGGCAGAGCUGAACGGGAAGGGGGCGCAUGUCGGGGUCACGUACAAGAGCAUCGAUCGCAAGGGAGAGCAGAGCACCAGCUGCAUCACCGGGAGCGACUUCUCCUGGUGCGUGGGGAGGAACAGCCGAGGCUUCUUCUGCUGGCAUGCCGGUGUGGAGACGCCUCUGGAAGACGGCGAUGCCCAAAGAGUCGGCCUGUAUGUCGACUUCCACCGAGGCUGUGUGUGUUUCUAUGAUGUGACUGGUGACAUGAGGCUGCUCCACAAGUACUCGGCUGAUUUUAUGGAGCCUUUAUAUGUCACAGCCUGGCUGUCAAAGAAGGACAAUACGGUUUGUCUGGUCGAUGCAGUAUGACUGUUUUACUUACAAAUUAUCAUCUUUGGAAGAAAAUAGUUCCUAAUGUAUGUGUGUUGAAGAUACAUGUGGAAGGUUGUUUUUAAAUUUACUGCCAUCUAGUGGCGACUGUGCAUCAUCAAUGUGAGGAACCUGUGCAGUAGAACGUGUGUGAGGAAUUUACUGCCACUUUAUUGCAACUUCACUGCUUUCGUAAUGUGAUAUGAAUGAGGGAAAAGUACACAAACAUCUGCUGUCAUUUCAUUUAUUUAUCAUACAGGUCCACUUAUGUAAGUUUAUAGACAGUGCUGGAUUAUCAUAAAGCCAUAAGAGAGUUUAUUAUUUUAUGAAGUGGGCUGUAAAAUCAUCAGUGUAAUGCAAAAGUACCUCUGAAAUCAUUAAAACUUCGACUUUAUCGCUUCAGGCACUGAA